AUGCACGGCGGAGCAAAAUUAUUUGUUAUUUUAUUUUCUUUUUUGGCACUAGUAUGCCUUGGUUUUUCAAUUUGGAGUGGUAUAGUUCUUUUUAAAUCUGUGGAUAUAGGUAAGGGUUAUGUAGAAACAAGCUGUUUGCUUAAUAAUGUUCAAAAUCUACCAUUGUGCCUUCCUGCAUCAGAUACAUGUUAUGCUUUUAAUCAUGACAUAUGGUGGUAUAAUUAUUGGGGACCAUCUUAUUUUAUUUAUGUAAGUGGUGGUAACAGUAUAUACGAUGAUGGCGCCUAUGAUGGCAAUGGUGAUGGUGAUGGUAAUGGUGGUGAUACAGGAGAUGGUGAUGGCGAGUUUGAUGACGGUGGUGAUGAUGGUGGUGAUGGUGGUGGUUUCGAUGAAGGUGGCUUUAGUGAUGGAGAAAUGAUAAAAUUACAUAAAAAACUCGAAUCUACUUCAGGUGCAGCAGAUUUAUCAAAUAUAAAGGAGUUAAAAAGUGUCAAAAAUCAAAAACAACAAUUACAACAAUUACAACAAUUACAACAAUCACAAUUACAGCAAAAAGUUAGUAGUGAUGAUUGCUACCCUGGUUGCUAUCAAGGUGUUUUUUAUGUAGAAUAUUUAGUUAAUAAUGGUAGUUAUAUCAAUUCGACUAUAUCCGGUUUAGUUUCUGAUUCCAUGACCUGGGUAGACUCUUAUUUACAAUUCUAUUUAAAAGGUGUAAGUUAUAAUUGCUACUAUAACUCCAAAGAACCAAACAAUGUUGUUUUGUUUAAACCACCUCUUUUCAAAACAAAUGCUCUUGCUGGAUUUAUUAUUACUUCAACUUUUUUCAUAAUUUUUGUAAUUAUUGCAAUUAUAGUGUUUGUAAAAAAUCGUCACAACACUUAUAGAAGAAUUUAA